GGGUAGGGGAGGGGGAGGUGGAGUUGUAAUUUGAGAAUGAGGAGGUGAGGUGGAAGAUUUGCCACGUGGCUACUCGAUUGACGUUCACGGCGAUGGAUAACACGCAGCAGGAUUUGAUGCUGCUCCCGGUGAGUGAGAGCCUCUCCGAUUUCCGGACCGUUUUCGGGAAAAUUCAACAGGGAGGGGACCCUGUUCGAGCCCCCGCCGCUGGUUUACCACAUCCACUGAUAUUCUGCAUCUCAGCAGAAUCUGCUGAAGAUUCUGUACGACGGCGGGAAUUAAGUGUUGUGGUGACCGAUUUUCGAGGUCGCACGUGGGCGACCAGUCGCAGCUUGAGCGAUCUUGAAGAAUUAAGAGAGGAUAUUGGAGUGGGAGGCACGUGGAUCGACUUCCUACAUUUUCUGCGCGACUCCUUUGCCGGUGAGAAUGUGCAGUUCUCAGCCGUUGAUGACGGAAGCAAUCACCAUCUGUCGGACAUUAGAACCCCAACUACCACCACCCCCACCAGCAGCAGGAGCAUCCCCUUCUCCUCCUCCUCCUCGUCGUCGACACCAGCAGGGAAAGGAGUUGCCCUUGCAGCAGCAGCAGCAGGAGGAGGAGGAGGAGGAGGGGUUGCAAAACUGGUGGGGCAAAAGGCUAAAAUGACACCGAAAGUUCGUUUUAUGUUGAGGGCUUUGAGAGGCGUUGAUCUGGAAGAAGCGACGGCGAAGAUGGCCUUUGCAUUGCUAGAGGAUCAUACAGCUUGCUUGAAGGCCUCGGCUAUGGCGGCCGAAGAAGCUUUGAAGGCGAAGAUGGAGCUGCAAGCGGAGAGGAAGAGGUCGGAGUUCCUGCAGAGCGAGGUUGAGGACUUGAAGAUUGGGCGUAGAAGAGGAUCUCUUUCCCAAUUAAGAAAGUCGGAGAUGGAGAGAUCUGCGUUGUCACAGUCUUUGACACGUCAGCAGCAGCCGCCAUCCUCGAUACGACACGUGGCAGAGAGUCUGGCAGCAGAGGAUGAGGAUGACCAUGCACAUCUGCCAAUCUCUCAGGCAACGAUUGCACGUGGUCGUGGAAACGUCGUGGGUGUUCCGACUCAAAGGACGGUCGUGGCUGCUGGAUUGGGAUCGGGAUCAGAUGGCAAGCUCCCCCCUCGGCUUCUUGACAAGUCUUCUUCUUGUAUGGGGGGAGGAGAAGGGGGAGAGAAGAAAAUCAACACAAGUACGAGAGAGGAUGGAGGAGGGGGGUCGGUAGAUCAGAUAGCCAUUGCAUCUGGUGAUAAGAGGAUGGGAGCAAAUCGGACGGCUGCAGGCAGAGGGAAAACCCGUGUACCCAAGGCGCCUCCAUUGGGGAGGAGAGUGAGACAGAGAGGUACUGUAAUAGCUGCCGAGGAUGAUGAGGACGGUUGAGUAACAUGAUCAUAAUAACUUAUCCGUGCGCUUAUCCAACCAACCGU